AUGGCGGGCUCAGGCCCCAAGCGGCGCGCGGCGGCGGCCACCCUCCCGGCGAACGAGGAGGAAGAACGGCAGGCACGGGAGCGGAUGCUGGCGGCGCGGGGCGCGGACGGCGCGGAGGGCGAGGUGACCCUGCAGCGCAACAUCACGCUGCUGAACGGCGUGGCCAUCAUCGUGGGCACCAUCAUCGGCUCGGGCAUCUUCGUGACGCCCACCGGAGUGCUCAAAGAGGCGGGCUCGCCCGGGCUGGCGCUGGUGGUUUGGGCCGUGUGUGGCGUGUUCUCCAUCGUGGGCGCGCUCUGCUACGCCGAGCUGGGGACCACCAUCACCAAGUCGGGCGGCGACUACGCCUACAUGCUGGAGGUGUACGGCUCGCUGCCCGCCUUCCUCAAGCUGUGGAUCGAGCUGCUCAUCAUCCGGCCCUCCUCGCAGUACAUCGUGGCGCUCGUCUUCGCCACCUACCUGCUCAAGCCGGUCUUCCCCACCUGCCCUGUCCCCGAGGAGGCUGCCAAGCUCGUGGCCUGCCUCUGCGUGCUGCUACUCACUGCCGUGAACUGUUACAGCGUGAAGGCCGCCACCCGCGUCCAGGACGCCUUCGCCGCUGCCAAGCUGCUGGCGCUGGCCUUGAUCAUCCUGCUCGGCUUCAUCCAGAUCGGGAAGGGUGGCGUAGCCAAUCUGGAUCCCAAGUCCUCCUUUGAAGGCACCAAAGUGGACGUGGGGAACAUCGUGCUGGCGCUGUACAGCGGCCUCUUUGCCUACGGGGGAUGGAAUUACUUGAAUUUUGUCACAGAGGAGAUGAUUAAUCCCUACAGAAACCUGCCCCUGGCCAUUAUCAUCUCACUCCCGAUUGUCACCCUGGUGUACGUGCUGACGAACCUGGCCUACUUCACCACGCUGACCCCCGAGCAGAUGCUCACGUCGGAGGCCGUGGCCGUGGACUUCGGGAACUACCACUUGGGUGUCAUGUCCUGGAUCAUCCCCGUCUUCGUGGGCCUGUCCUGCUUCGGCUCCGUCAACGGGUCCCUCUUCACAUCCUCCAGGCUGUUCUUCGUGGGGGCCCGGGAGGGCCACCUGCCCUCCAUCCUCUCCAUGAUCCACCCGCGGCUGCUGACGCCUGUACCCUCACUGGUGUUCACGUGCGUCAUGACCCUGCUUUACGCCUUCUCCAAAGACAUCUUCUCCGUCAUCAACUUCUUCAGCUUCUUCAACUGGCUCUGCGUGGCCCUGGCCAUCGCUGGCAUGCUCUGGCUUCGCUACCAGAAACCGGAGCUGGAGCGACCCAUCAGGGUUCAUCUGGCCCUCCCAGUGUUCUUCAUCCUGGCCUGUCUCUUCCUGAUCGCCGUCUCCUUCUGGAAGACCCCCGUGGAGUGCGGCAUCGGCUUCACCAUCAUCCUCAGCGGCCUGCCCGUCUACUUCCUCGGGGUCUGGUGGAGAGACAAGCCCAAGUGGCUGCUCCAGAGCAUCUUUUCCACGACGGUCCUGUGCCAGAAGCUCAUGCACGUGGUUCCCCAGGAGACGUAAGCGACCAGAACCAGGAGGCUGCCCUGAGAGAACAACUCGGUCCCACCAUCCAGGCAGCUCUGCCGGGGCCCCCGCUGUCCCUGCCCCGGGGCCAGCCAGGCCACGGUGAACCCUGGUACGAUUUUAGUCCCUUGAAGGCAGAUGUCCGCGGAUACCUCUCCAGCGUGGAGGCAGGAACAUCGGACCAAGGAGGCCGCGGGCUUCCUCCCGAACUGGGCCUCCUCCCUUCUCACCUUUGUUUAUUUGUAUUAUUUUUUCUUAACUUAAGUCUUGGGUCGGGUUAACAUUACCAAGACAAUUAUUUUUUUAAGAAAUGGGGUGGAAAGGUUUUCUCCCCAGACACUGUCUGCAGCACAGCAUUCUUCCGAGGGGCCAGGUCCUGUCACCAGAUUCUGGAUGGUGGCCUGGACACAUGUGCUCGGCUUCCCUGUUUCUCCGUUGUUGUAGAUGCAGUGACUUUCGUGAAACUAACCUCCGGGCUUACGUCUCAUUGCCUUAAAGCCCUGCGCUAGCUCCCUCCCCUCCCCCGGAGAAGAGAAAGAAGAGGCUUGUAAAAGCAGGGCCUUCGGGCUGGUGGACAGCGGUGCCUUGGCACCUGCUGUGGGCAGAGGGCUCCAAGCAGAGAUCAGGGGCAGCUGGGCCUCCCGUCAGUACAUGCAGUUGUGGGGGGUGCGGGGGACUACACCCUGUCACUCAGAACAUCUCCAGGGUCCUGUCUGUACAGCCCACCCUGAACGCCAGCCUGAGCAGAGGCUCGAGGAGUCCAGUGGCUCCUGUGGCAGAUGGUGGGCAGUGCGGCCUCAGGCCUGUUCUGCAUCAGUUUUGAAAUCAAGCUCUAGCUCUUCCAAAGCCUCACACUUGAAAUCUGUAAGCAGACCCCUCGACCCCUCAGGGGCUUCUCAUCUGUGUCCCAUGAGUGCACCCCUCCACCCCGGGCCUCAAGGGCUGGGUCGCAGCCCUGGCAGCUGUCUGGGGUGCUCCCAGCUCCUGGCCGAGGCCCCGCCCCCAUCACCUGUCCCUGGGGCCAGCACGCACACCCGGCCUCCCCCAGCCCCGACAGGAGGCUUUUGUUGUAGUUCGCAUAGCGUUCUCCCCGGGAGGCAGCCAAGGCCCGGGAGGCAGCCAAGGCCCGGAAGCUCGUCUGGUGUUGCUGGGCAGGCUCUCUGUCUUCCACGGAGCCUGCUUGGGGAGCAGUGUCAUCUGCGGUCAGUUUCCCUCUAGGCCCUGCCUUGGCCUAUGACCCCUGACCUCACCAGGGUGGGGUUGAGCCGAGCCCUUGGGCCUCGUUGCUCAGCUGCAGCCGAAGAAGCUGCUGCUGGUUCCCAGGGGCCACGUGAGCUCUGCGUGGCCAGUCCAGCCAUCACCCACCUGGGCUCUGGGGCCCCAUGUGGUCCGAUAGGCCCAGAGAGAGCAGCUUAGGGGUGCCCAUGGUGGACAUUGAAGCUGAAGUGGAGGCAGCCAGAUGUCCAGCCCUCCCUCCCCAUGCUGGUCAGGAGGCCCUGCCAGCCUGUAGCUCCCAACAUGGCAUCCACUGACGUCUCCUCACCAAGCGAAUCCUCCCAGGCCACGGUCUGGGGCCCGGCUCAGCGUCUGGAGGCAGAACAUCACCGAGGAAGCUGGAGGCCUGACAUGAGACUGUUGGGGCCUCAGUUUUCUUGGGUGUACAUGGGGCACUGCCCUCUGCCUCUCCACGGGGCCCCAGCAGUCUUGUGGCAGAUUUCGGCCUCCUCCCGCAGGGCCCUGGGGGCGGCACUAGGGUUACCUCGUGGUCCACCACCGGCUCUUGAUGUGACCUGGCGGAGCACAGGGGCCAUGUGACUCUGUCCAGAGCUUGGUGACCUCCCUGGGAUGUGUGCCUGGGGGAUGGGGUACUGUCACCCCUGCAGGGGCAGGGGGCCCUGAGCUCCCUUUAUACGGAAAGACUGGGGGUGUGGCUCCCCAGCAUCUGUGAAAGCAGGUUGGGGGCCUGGGCUGCAUUCUUGGGGCUCUGGGGCCCGGGCACCCUGGUUCUGCCACGUCGGCCUUCUGGGCCGACUCCACUCCUGAUCACACUACUGACAGGUGUCCUGAGCGUUCCUGCUUGUGGGUUAAUCUUUUUUUAAGCCAGAUUUUGGCAUAACAGGCGCGUGUUUGUCCAGCCGUUGUGCUUCACUUCACCCUCACGUCUCCCUGAUGGGAGGGCACCGUGUUUAUUUAUUGUGGGGCGAUGUGCAGCCGUGCUGCCCCUUGGGUUCCGGCCGUGUCAGCCGCCAGCCACGAUGUUGCGUCUGUGACUUAGCGCCUUUCUCUGCUGUUAAUGCUGUUAACGCUAACGUGUUACGCUUAGCUGCUUUGGGAUGGGGAGUUUUGUGUU